AUGAUGGUGGCGUGUGAGUCAAGUUCCGGGACAUCAACGAAGUUGGAAAUGUUGCACUCAUUGCUGAGGGCUGGCGCGGCUCCGGCCCUCGAAAUUGAGCUCGGUGCCCUUGCCAUUCACUUUGCUGCAGCUCGAUGUGAGACCCAGGUUGUUGAACUGCUUCUUUCCAAGGCACCAUCAACACUGAACAAUGCCGACAACCACGGGUAUUCACCUCUUGGAGCAGCUGCGCUACAAGGUCGAGAGAGCACGCUGUCUCUCCUGCUAUCUGCAGGGGCAAGUGAUCGGAUAGUAUGGGCGACGAAGGGAGUGUCCGCUCUUCACGAGGCAAUCGGGAUCGGCAAGGGAAACUCCGUGCGAUUCUUGCUCGAAAACGGACUGGAGGCCGUCGGCGGAUUACCAGCUAUCGCCGGAGCCAUGGCCGUCUCGGUGUGGUAUGGGUACAUUGAUAUUCUGGAGAUGCUGUUGAAUGUGGAAGGGGGGGAAAAACAAGAGGUUUGGGCGAACCAGCAUGUGUAUUUCGCUCACGAUGGUUCACUUCUACGCGGCGUUCCCGGCCCUACCAUGGCGACCAAGUUCGAGUGGCUUCCUAUUCUUCAUUACGCUGCCAAGUAUUGCUCUAUCCCUGCCCUUCGUAUUCUCCUCUCGGCUGGGGCAGACACCGAAACGUGCGACUUGAAAGGCAAGCUUGCCGUCGACCACAUCGGAUCUCUUUUGCCCGAUGACAAGAGGAACGGGAGCAUGGAGGCGGCCGUUCAACAAAUGCUGCAGAAGGGACCGGCGUUCCGUGUUCGAUCACGGGCAUGGCCCGAUACGACUGCCACUCACGGUGGAGCUUCGAAAGUGACCCAGUCGUCUUCAAACCCAGUACCAAAGAAGACCCGCACGGGGGCUCGAACAUUCGGAAAGAUAGGCCAAAGGCUUGACAUUAGCAGGAGCUUCGACUGGUAUGUUCGCAAGGCCGAUCUCCGAUUCACUCGAUAA